CAGUCAGCAGAAUGGCGAACGUCGAAUGUAAACAAUUUGAGUUUUGACAAGACAAGGCACUUUCCAGCCUCCUCAGAAUCUUCAAUCUCCAACGGAGUCUUCAAGAGUUUCAAGUAUAAUAGCAUUAGUCUCUCGAACCUCCGCGCUUGUGUCUUAUCAGCUAGUCAUUAUGGAUAUUAUCUCUUGCGGCAUUCGUGUGUGCGGGCAUUAUCUCUAUCAGUGACAACGUGUAUAGUUUGUUUUGAUCUAAGGAACCAUCAAGUGUUGUGCUGAAGUAUUCUUCCAAAUGUACGUUUUUAAUAUUUCCUGCACUGCGACCAAAUCAAGCUAAUUUCAAUGGAGAUCGAAUCAGAGACCGGUUUUCAAGAAAGUCUAUUUUCUCCGAGAAUAGUAACGGAUUUCAAUAUAGAUCUUGAAAAAUCACUUAAAACGGAAGAUGACUUUCUCAAAUUCCACAGUAGCUUUGAUAUGCCUUUCCUGGAAGAUACAUCCUCCGAAUCUGUGCUAGGUUCAGAUGUUUUCAUGGAUUUUAGAAAUGAAGAUGAAACAUUUCCAUGGACCCUUUCAUCAGAUGAUCUCAAGACAAUUUCCUCACAAGAUUUCGACAAUUUUGGGGAAGACAUCAAAGCAGAGCCAGCAUCCUCAGGAUCCUCGUCUGUAAGUCAAACAAGUCUAGAAUCUUGGCCAUCAACUACAAAUAAUGGACAGAUCAAAGUUGAAGUUGAAACACCUCCUAUCUCUCCAGGACAGGAUGGUUACAGCCCGCCUCCUUCUCCUGGCUCAAUAAUAGUCUUGGAUACUUUUCCAACCAGUGAUAUCAGAAUUAUGACUCCCACAGUUUCCUCCCCACCUCCGAUUAGUAGUAACAGUAAUGGCAGCAAUAAUGGAAAAACCACCAAAGUAUAUGUUUCUAUGGCAAGUUUAAAUUCUAUAAAGCCACCCCCCGUAGUACCAGCAAAACUGAUUCCUAACUUAACCCCAGUUCGGCCUAAUAAAGUAUUGGUAUUGCCUGCACCACCUCUAGUCUCGGUUCCUACUGUCACGUCACCACAACAGUACGACUCACAGCUCAAAGCUCUGAAGAGGAAAGAGCGAAUGAUCAAAAAUAGAGAAUCAGCAUGUCUGUCCCGGAAAAAGAAAAAAGAGUAUGUCACAUCCUUAGAAAAUCAGAUCUCUGAACUUCAACAUGAAAACAAGAAGUUAAAACAUAUUAAUAAAGUGCUCUUGGAGCGUUUGACAAGGUAUGAGUCCACGAAUCCUGCCUGCAAAUCCUCCUUUAUCACGAAAACAAAGAAAACAACCGCGGUCUUAGCAAUCCUAUUUAUGAUGUCUCUCAACUUUAAUUCUUUCAGCCUGUUUAGUAGACCACGAGAAGAUCUUGAGUUUACCGAGUCAAAUUUUAGGCAAAGCAGUAACAAUCACAAUGGUCGCUCUCUGCUGUGGACGGAAGAAGAAUCGCUGUUGAUGAACACCAAUAAUUCCAUUAACCAUGAUUUUCCACCUAAUGUGGACUUCAAAAACCGUAGCAGUACACAUCAACCAACUUGUCCUCUGUAUAUAAAUCACACUGAAUCAAUAAGACUGGAUAGCGAACUCAGGCGCUGGAUUGGCGUCGAUCCUGAGGAAGCUGAUAAUGUCAGUGGAACGAAGAGUAUUGAAAAACCUUCUGGCUUUAAGAAUCUACUGAGUCAGCUUAUGCUACCGUACCUUCCAACGAAAUUUACCCCACCAGUUCCAAGACAAAAAUUAAAAUUCAAAAAUAAUAGGAUAGUCAACUCGCGCAUGAACCAUGCUAUAGAUAUCUAUAGUGGUGAACACAUUCCAAACACAAACGAACCAUUACUAGAAGCACUUAAUCGACGCGAUGAUACAUUCUACGUUGUUUCAUUCUCCGGUGAUCACCUACUGUUGCCUGCUCUAGCUCUUAACAAAACCGCUCGACCUAAAAUGUCUUUGGUGUUUCCUGCUCUUUCUACCAAUGAUUCUACAACCAACGAACUAGUCACAAUGAUGCAGAUAGAUUGUGCCGUAACUGACACUAAAGUACUCCAGUUUAGGGAAGCAGUCAUUCCAUUGCAUUUGCGCAAAGCCAAUAAUGUCUCAGGAUCGAACAGUCAACCAGAAAUCCAGAAUCGAGCUUUCAAACCUUUUUUCAUGAAACCAUCGCACAAGUAUAACUCAUUCUCUGAGGAACAACCGCGACCUGUGCGGAUGAGCUUCCCCUGACCAAAGAAUCGUCUGGUUUAAAGUUUCCUUUUUGUUAAUAUUGUCUCGAAACAAGCCUCAGUAGUUUAGUUAGCACAUUGUCAGUGCUUAGUUGGUUUGAAAAGAUCGCUCGCAAUCUCUUCAAAACCCUCUACAAGGUGAACCAAAGGACUUAACAUCUCCAAAAAAAGCAGAAUUAAAGACGAAAAGCAUUUAUAAACCAAGGAAAUAGUAGCCCUCAUAGUUUUGUACAUCUAAGUAAUUUAAAAAUUGUUUGUUAUUCUAGACGUUUCAGUGUUGUUGACAACAACGAGUGUAAUAGACACUAUUAGUGCUAUGUCACAGAAAAGCAAUGUAUAUCGUUUUAUUCUCAGUGGUAGCAUCAAAAGAGGUUAUGUCAUUGUUGUUUCAAUCCAAUUCGAUUUAGUGGAGAAUCCCUAUGGUGACAUCUCUACUAAUAGCAUCUAUUCAACACUCCUUUCUUCCCCGGGUUUUAGCCAUUACUAUUUGCACACAAAUAUAUUUUAUGUCUAAGUUUGUUCCUUAGCUUUUCCUAAGAAGACAGGGAGAAAAAAUCAGCUGAGGACUUAGUACACAACACAGGGCUUACAACAUUGGCACUAUCUUCGGUGAGCCAUCACUAUCUUGCACAGCUCAAUCUAGGUUUUAGUGUGUUAGCCACCACAAUGUGGCUAUAUCUUUCCUCCAAACCAUGAAAUACACAACAAAGAACUGGGUUUAACAUUUGGAGCACUGAUCGUUUGAAACAAGGUCAGGAUUACUGUGAUGCUGAGUGAAAACUCAGAUCCUCAUUCCAGAUUUUGAGGGUCUUUUUUCCAGACAGAAUGCUUCUUAUAUAGGAAGCCCUAGCAAGUGUAUAUUCUAUUCUACCAGGAUAAUUAUGUAUCUUAUACGGUACUAAAGGUAUUUAGUGUAAUAAUAAAUUGGACUCUAUUUUACAAGUAGGAACUACUAAGUCCGGCUCAGUUCAGAAACAACGUAUGUACUAUUAGUUUCCCUAUGCACAUAAGUGUUUUUACCUUGCAAAAUCUGGAAGGGAGAACUGUACAGCCGUGCUAAGGGAGAAUGAACGCUGAAUGAACACUCGAGAGUUGCCUCUCCCCGGACAAAACAUGCAUUUUAAAGGAAAGUUAUGCAUAUUUUUCCAUGAAUUUUACGAAUGAUUUAGAUUAUAUUGCAAACAAAAUUGUCCUCGAAGAUAAAUAUCCACGAUUUUCCCAGUUAAUUUGUAUUUUAUUGAAGUAAAUAUGACUACAUCUGAAGGCUCCAACGGUGUCUUCCCUAGCAAGACACCUGCUUAGUGUAGCUAUUUAACAGUGAAUCUACUUCCUGAGAAGAAAUCAUUUUUAGCAAUGCCUACCUUGAUAUACACUGCUGUCCUCAGAAAUUUAUCCAUGAAAAACUUGAUCAGUAACAAUUUUUUUUUUUUUCUUUUUUUUUCAGAAUUUCUGCUAGAAUUUCUUUGAAUCUGAUAUUUUAGAAAUUAUUUGAGCUAAGUUCCUAUCAUGAAAAAUCAAAAGAAAUUCAAUUUAUAGAACUUUCCUUGAAAAAAUAGACCUUAUAAUGCCUGAAUAACUCAAAAUUCAGUUAUUGGUCCCUUUCCGGUUGGGAAUAUUCUGCAAACAUUUUAGCACUUCAAACGUCCAAAAAUGUAUAAUCUAAGUGGAGUCAUGGUGGUUUGAAAUUUUUAGUCGAAGUAAUGUAGUUUUAAGAGAAAGCUGUUUCGAGUUUUGUUACUUUUGAUCUCACAUGUUCAAGGCUCAAAAUUGUUGGAUUAAGAAAUGAGGAACUUCCGGUCUUUUUUUGGUACAAAAAUAAACUAAACUGCUCGUAACAUAUUCUUCAAAAUAAUAUGCAAAGAGUUUUCUGUAAAAAUUCAAUAAUUGAGUUUUUGACCCAUCGUGACACGAAUAGCUCUCCUGAAAAAUUUGACUGUUUAAAUAAUGAAUCCCAGUCAUUAUAGGCAGAUUGUAAUGAGAAAUCAGCUCUUUUCUCCAUUUAAACCCAUGUAAAAUAUUCAAAUUUUAUCGUACAGCCUGGCAAAUCUUAAUCCUAGCAUCAGAAUUCGCCUUAAGAUUUACUUUAAUUUUUCAGUAAACUCAGUGUAGAUUAAUUCCUAUGUUUCCAGUUUUUUCAACAUGUGAUUUAAAGUACUUUCUUUUUUCAUUUUUCAAUGAAAAUAUCCCCGUUUUUCUAUUGUUUUUAUGUAUUUAUUAAUUUUUUAAUUGAUUUCCUGUUAAAGAUACUUGCAGAAGUAUAUUUGUCCUACAUCUCAUUUCUUCUGUAAGAGUUCAGGUAGAAGACUCAGAUGGUGAUGCACCGUCGAAUGUGAUGGCCCCUUUUUUCCUGUGAUUCCUAGAUACAGGGUGAUCCAAAAGUUCCCCACCUUUCCCAUAAUCCAUAAGGUUUUUACUCUCUUUCAGGGGGCCCCCUCGAAAUUUUGGGGAAUCCUAAAAGUCUUUUUCUUUAACCCAAGAGCUCUCACAAAAUUUCAAGUCUCGAUCUCAAUUUGUUUGAAAGAUGUAGGGCUGAGCCUGGCGCCGAACUUUUGGAUCGCCCUGUAUAUUCACAGGUUUUAUUUGAGUCUGUGACAAACUUUGGUCACAUAUUGUAACCUCAUUCAAAGCUUUAUUGCUGUACAACUAUUCGAGGUAACAACUCGGCCACCAUCUGAAAAUCCAACAAGCUCCAUUCGAAGGAUGUUGAAUCGACCUGGUGAAGCAUUGCACAAUAAUAAGGUAAAAUCAGUUUUUCUUGUGGAAAAUCAAAUGGUGAAAUGAUUUAUUGCAGCUAGGGAAAAGGUGAAAGAAUAAAUAUUCCCAAACUUUUUGCCAACAUCUUGACUGUCUCGAAGUCUAGGCAGCAAUCAGCUAAACCUGGUUUAGUCCAUACCCGUUCUCUAUGGACUUAACUGGAAUAUACAUCAUAGUUAUAAGAUAUUGUAAAUUUUGUUCCGUUUGUGCAAUUUUAUAUGAUUUUGAGAAUUUUUUGUUCUGUUCUUACAUAAAAGAUUUCUAAUAAAUUUUUAUUCAUUUUCUUUGAAAA